GGGUUUGGCGUCGCCCGGGCGCAGCCGCUGUCGCCGGGCGCGGAGGGGGAGUGGCCUGCGCCCGGGGCUGGCUGCUGCUGCGCUCCCUCCCAGCCUGCGCGGGCGCCGUUCGAGAGCGCGCCCUCUCCGCUCGCACUCUGCCGGACUCAGCAUGAGGCGCUUGUGCUCGGUGCAGCGGAAAGUGCCGUGUGUGUUUGUGACGGAGGUGAAAGAGGAGCCCUCCGCCAAAAGGGAGCACCAGCCAUUUAAAGUUUUGGCAACUGAAGCUGUAAGUCACAAGGCAUUGGAUGCAGAUAUAUACAGUGCAAUUCCAACAGAAAAGGUGGAUGGAACAUGUUGCUAUGUGACUACCUACAAAGAUCAGCCAUACCUUUGGGCUCGGCUAGAUAGAAAACCUAACAAACAAGCUGACAAAAGAUUUAAAAAUUUUCUACAUUCAAAAGAAAACUCAAAAGGAUUUUUUUGGAAUGUUGAAGAGGACUUCAAACCUGCUCCAGAGUGCUGGAUACCAGCAAAAGAAAUAGAACAGUUAAAUGGGAAUCCAGUGCCUGAUGGAAAUGGACACAUUCCGGGUUGGGUACCAGUAGAGAAAAACAACAAACAGUAUUGCUGGCAUUCCUCUGUAGUUAAUUACGAAUUUGAAAUUGCCCUGGUACUAAGGCAUCAUCCUGACGAUCCUGGACUUUUGGAAAUCAGUGCAGUGCCACUAUCAGAUCUCUUAGAACAAACACUGGAGCUGAUAGGAACAAAUAUCAAUGGAAAUCCAUAUGGGUUAGGAAGCAAGAAGCAUCCAUUACAUCUUCUUAUACCACAUGGAGCAUUUCAGAUAAGAAAUCUGCCUACAUUGAAACACAGUGAUCUCUUGUCCUGGUUUGAAGGUUGCAGAGAGGGUAAAAUUGAAGGAAUAGUAUGGCAUUGCAGUGAUGGCGGUUUAAUUAAGGUCCAUCGCCAUCAUCUUGGUUUAUGCUGGCCAAUUCCAGAUACUUACAUGAAUUCGAAACCAGUUAUUAUCAACAUGAACUUAAACAAAUAUGACUAUGCCUUUGAUAAUAAGUGUUUGUUUCAUCAUUUUUUAAAAUUAGAUAAUCAGAAAUUUGGUAGGCUUAAAGAUAUAAUAUUUGAUAUAUAAAAUGCAAAUGUAAUUAAAAUUCAUUUUGUU